AUGUCUGGUGUUCUAUCCGAUUAUGAUACUCCUACUAAGCCCAAGAUGAAUGGUCAACGUGAGAAGCGUCCGUAUUUUGAAGAUGACGGAGAGACUAAUCAUGCACCGGCGAAGAAGAAGAUUCCAAAAAAGAAGCAUUGGCUAUAUGAGAAAGCUGCCGAGUCAAUUAUUCCUACUGAGGAUCAAGCCAAUGUUAUUCCGGAACGUCUUUUCAAAGGAUUGGACCCCCUCAUCGUCUAUAUGUGUGUCCCAUGCAAAAAGUUUAAUUCGACCCACGAAACUGUCAAGGUUGAAGAUGGAAUGAUCCAGAUUCCUCUCGCUCUCUGCACCGUGUGUCGUUCCCAUCUCAUUGUCCAGAAAAACAUGAAGUUCUUCCAGCACGAUUGCCCAUCACUCAAGAAGGAACACAAUCUGUGA